AUGCAAUGCCUCCUAUUGGUGAAUACAUUCCUAACAGAUCUUCACAUCAGUAAUAAUCAAUCUGACAAGCUAAUCGAUCAUAUAAUCCACGCAAUUUUGAGUGAAGAAAUGAAAAGCAAAUUAACAAAAUCUUCAUAUUCCAUCAGUCAUAAGAAUACUCUUGAUCAACAGUUAUCUUCAAAUCAUAUUGUGGCCAGAAAUAAUUACCUAAAAGUUAUUGAAAAACUGUUGAAUUAUGUUGAUUUCAAUAGAUGUUGUCAUAACGAACAGUGUGACCUUGAAAUAUUUAAUUUACACCAAUUAUUCAAUGUUUCAAUGUCUCUUAACUAUGCAUCUUUAAUUUUAUACAAACCAGUGGAUAUUACAGAUGAGGAUAAUAUAAUAUUAUGUAUUUUAUUGAAUGACACCAAUAAUAAUAAUGUAAAUGGGUUAGCUGUAGAAAAUAGAUUACAAAGUUUUAAAUCCACAGAAGAUUUCAACAUGAUGGUGAUCAAUUCUAUUGACCAAUCAAAAUCUGACUUGAAGAAUAAAUUGAAAAUGGCUGAACCAGUUGUCUCAUAUACACAGGUGCAUAGAAAACUAUUCACUCCGUUCAUUAACUGUUCAUCUUUCAAGAUAAAUUUACAGAGAAGAAGGAUAAAUGAUACACCUUCAGAUUACAAAGAUUAUCCCUACAAUCAGGGUUAUAUCAAUCCGACAUCAGGUGUAGAGAGAAAACAGACACCUAGUCUAUUCAAAGUGAGCAAUAACCAUAACAAUAAUGGUAAGCAGGCGAAUGACAACUUUCAACAUAGAGAAUGUAAAGAAUUCCUGGGCUCGAAUAAUAAAUGGCUUAGAAAUAAUCAAGAGGAAGGCAGUAUUACCAAUGGCAAUGGAAGGCAUAAACCUGCUAGUAAUGACUUGAUUUCAUCUCACAGGGGAAUCGUUGAACACAUCGCCCAAUUUGGCAGUCCAAUAAACUAUCGAAAAUCUAAACGACUCUAUCCGUCUGUAUUCAACAUGGAUGUAAUAAAUCCAAUCGCGGUUGGAAGUAAGACAUCAGGAGGAUUUCAUACUCUACAUGAUAAUCACCAUGGUGAUAAUAGUAAAAGUAUAAAAGGAUCACAUUUUGUAAAAAAUUGGAAUUUACAAAAUCUGAAGUCAACGGAUCACUACUGUCGUUAUACAAGUAAUGCAUCUCUAAAAAAUCAAUAUUGUGAAAGUCUUCAAAAUGAUAUAAAUGCAAUUGAUGAACAGAAGAAUACUUCACCGACGCAGGAAUUAUGUAAUCAGCUGUAUGGUUGUGAUGAAGGGGAUAAAAGGCAUUCUUCGUCAGUGAGUCAGCCACCACAAACCUAUAGGCUGAAAAGUAAUAACAGUAAUGCCAAUAAUGAUAAUAAUAAUAGAAAUCAUCACACUAGUAGACCACAUCCUCGUCUGUCUAACAACUCUUUAGUGGAACAAAAUGAAACAGUUGAUAAUUUUCAAUUCACAGGUUAUCAGAAUCUAUGCGCUGAUGGAUAUAGUCCAUAUUAUGCAGGAUUAUCAGAUGGGCGAUUCUCCACUCCCACUCCUACCGCCAACAAAAGUAAAUUAUCGCCCACAUUAUUCAGAAGAGGAGCUAAACACCCAAGUAAGAAACCUAUUACCGGUCGAUAUCCCAUGGAUACUGUAGCAAAUUUUGAAGAUAUUGCAGGCAAAUGGAUUGAUGAAAAUGCAAUCAGACGAAUGCAUCAAAUCGGAAGACUACCUAAUAGAGAUGUCCCCGAGUUUAUUGCACUCUCAACCUCUAAACUCUUGAAACUGGCUAUUUCACAAACUUCAGCAAUGAAAACGUUAAAAGAAAGAGAUCAUUCUAAAAAAUAUGCAAAACCAGAUCAUAUUUUUACACCUGAUACAUCUAUAGAUCAAAUAAUUGCUCAAUUUCUUCAUGGGGAUUCUGAUAAACUGAAAGAACAACCACAUCAAUCUGUACGUAGAUCAAUUUGCUUACAAACAUUAAUAGAUGAUGCAAGUCGGCGUCAAAUUGACGAUGAAAAAUCUCCGCUAGAAGAAAUUGACACAACAGAUCACUUGUAUACAAAACCAGAUACAACUAUGCUGAUAGACACGACUGAUAGAGAAGAGAUUUCAAUGAAACAAUCAAGAUUUGCGGUAUCUGAAUUGUCCAGACUAUCUCUAGCAUCAUUUAAAAGUAUGGAAAGUCGGAAAUCAGUGGAGAAUUUACCAGUAGAUGAAGAACGACGACGUGAUAUCCACCAGAGACUAUCAAUUUCUUCAACAGUACCAUUUCGAUAUUCAUUAAGAAAAGUUGAUAGUAUAAAGGAGGAUCGAAGAGUUUCUGGAGAAGUAGACGGUAGACGAGAACUUCAAGGCAUUUCUAUAGUAUUCCCUGAUAGUCAAACAUUUACUCCAGGGGAAUUAAGAACCGAUGAAUCUGCUCCUACAGUGAUAGCCGAUGAUCAGGCGUUGAAGCUACAGACUGAUGAUAAACAACCGAUUUCACUGAAAGAUAUGACAGAUGUUAAAGAGAAAGAAGAACUACUGGAACAGCCAAUUCUGGAAGGUGAAUCACAUGCUGAAAAGAUUUCUACAGUGCCAUACAAAGAUACUGUAAAACAAGGUGAAUUUACUAGUGAUGUUGAUAGAGUCAAAUCUUUGACUGAAGGUGAACCACAGGUAGAACAGGAAACUAGAUUAGACAACUUACUCCAAGAUCAAGAAACACCUACAACUGUUCCAGUCCAUGAAACUCAAGAACGACUGGAAUCGGAUGACAAAAUGAAACGUCAGAAGCCGAGUCAUGAGGCUAGUGCAGAAGAAGACCAAGAAGAAGAGCACGAUUUAUUACCAACCACGUCUAAAGCUAGUAAGGUGAGGGCGAAACAAUCAAAGAAAAAGGAUGGAUCCGAUUCACUGCAUUCUCAUACCACUGUCACUACCACAAAGACCACGACCGCCACCGCCGCCGAACCGCCACUGUCAACUGAAUUUAUUCCAGUUACAAGUGAUGUUGAAAAAGAGGUGAAAAAAAUUCAAGCCACUACUACAGAAGAAAAAUUAUCAGAUCAGAUAUCAGAAAACAUCAUACCUCGUAAAUCAAUUGAUGAAUUACACAAAAUCCGCUCAGAAAGCAAGAAACAUCGAGAUUCUUCAGAAAAGCUAACCUUACCUAGUAGUGCUCAGCAAUUAGAUGAACAAGCGCCUAAGAAAAAAUCUUAUCCAAGUGUUAAAUCAUCAGAAAUGAAAGUCAAAAAAGAUUACUACAAUCAAAUACAAUCCACCGAUACAACAGAUUAUGAUUUAUUCUUUCAAUUCUCUGGAAAUCUAGAUGCUUUUUCAACAACUGGUGCAUUCUCCUCGUAUACAAGCUUACCGUCAGAUGAACAAUUAAUCCCUAUAGAUGCAACAGACGACAGUAUUACUUUACGCGAUGAAAUUAGAGCGAAACAACAGCUACUGCAGCAACGUCAAGCACAACAAGAACAACAAAGAUUAUCUCAACAAAAAGAUGAAAGUUUAUCUAAAUUAGGGGAACAUUCAGAACUGGCUGCUGAUAAACUGCGAAAAGGUAGUCUUCCACCGCACCAGAAAAAGACUAAACAAAGAAGAAUUACAAAACAAAGGGGAAAAUCAGUUGAAGAAUUAAAACUUACCAAAGAAUCACGUAAACAUGAUGCUGAUGAUGAUCGUCAUGACGAUGAUGAUGAGGAGGAGGAAAUUAUUGACAAAUUGAAAGUACUAUCUACAUCACAAGAAGAAACAUUGAAACGACUACAAUCAAAGCCAAGUGAUGAGCUUACAGACGAGGAGAGAAAACUGUUGAAUCAAUUAACUGAGAAAAAGAAGCUACAAUCAUCUGGAGGAGGUGGAAAAGUGUCUACUCACGUUAAACUGCAUCAUUUUUUGUCUCAAUUAUCAAAACAUGACCAACUAUCUCCAAAUCAAAGAAAACUGUUUCAUGUAUUAAAAGCUGUGCCUAAGAAUUUAGAUCAAAAAAUUAUCGAUCCAUCGAAUCCUCUGUACAAAUCAAAGCGUAGAUUAUGCAAACUAUUGACUAAACCAUUUGAUAAGCUGACACCAGAAGAGUUAGCAGAACUAGAGACUCUGGCAAAACUAUUUUCAACUGGUGAAGACGGAAUGUUAGACGAUCUAAAAGGAGAAGGUGAACAAGGAGAAGGAGGCGAAGAAGAGGAAUCAACCGACUACAAGAUACAAAGCAAUCUUUGGCCAUGGUCAUUUUCUAUGCCAAUGGAUUGUAUGUCAAUUUCUAAGGGGAUGUUAGUGACAAAUGCUGCUGAAGCGGCAGCAGAGCAUUUCGCUAAUCUUGCCUCUCAAUAUUCUUGUCAGACAGAUGAUGAGAAAUAUCCACCUUUCAUUCCAUCUCCCCUACCGACCAGUGAUUUAUUUGAGUCGAAAUGUGUAUCACCAGAGAUAAGAUUUUGGCCAUGGUCUGAAGUGAUGUCGCAUUCAAGAGGUUCUUCUGCUUUAUCUACUGGUAGUAAUCGUGCUCAGAACAAGUCGCAACCGAAUGAACCUAAUGCAUCAUCACCAGAGUAUGUAGUUCAGGAAACCAAUCAAAGUUCUCCUAAUACCAUGAAUCACGAUCCUUAGACACGACAAAAGAUGGACAGUCCUCUAUUAACAAAUACAUCAACACAUCUUUCUAAGGAGAAUUCAGAAAAUACUUAGAUUUUAGAGAGAGAAAAAAGACAUACACUGGUAAGACAGAAAAAACAACAACCCAAGAAACCAACAAACCCACAAGUGUUAAUCAAAAUCGCCUUAUUUUAUUAACACGUCUACACUGAAUUGUCUGAAUUCUCUAGCAUUUAUUAUUAUAUGAAGGUCAGAUAUUACUAAUACUUAUUUUGUUCUAGUCGACUUAUCUGUUGGAUAAAUUUCAAAUAUGUAACAAACAAUUUUGAAAUUGGGCAUUGUGUUCAAUGUUCAAUUGAACAGUUUCAAUUGUCAAUGAGAAAAAUGGUGGAUUCUUUUCAGUUGUACGAUGGAAAAUAAAUGCAUUAUUUGUUGUCAUAUAACUCAUUGAGCAUAAGACAACAUUAGAAGAGAUGGAAAGAAAGAAAGAAAGGAAAACAACAUUGUUUCAAAUAAAUAUUUCUAAAAAUAAUUGGUUUGAAUAAAAGAUUGACUUACCUUUCUAA